AUGAGCAAGUCUCCGGCUUUGGAAUCCGAGCCGCGGAGUAACGCGAAACAGAAGCUUCCGGCCAUGACCAAUUCUAAAAGAACGAGCUUCCUAGUAGGAUCUAGAGUGGCCAAAAAGAAGCACAGAAAAGCUAUGACUCAAUCCCGUUUCAGUGUAGGUAGUGGUGAUGGCGAAGUCAGUUGUCCCGAAUGCAACAUGGUGUAUAUGAAGUAUGUCCCCACAGACCAACAAAUGCAUGCGGCGUUCCACAAAAAGGCAGUCCAGGGAGUCGAGUGGAAGUCAAAAACCUCCAAGAUCGUUGCAGAGUUUGUGUCUAUGACUGAGUCGAAGUCCAAGACCAAUGUGGUAGCAUAUGAGAGGCAUAAGUUUCAGAUCGUCGAAGUUAGUUCUGCAAGCAAGACAGAGAUACGGGCCACGGAACAAUUGCUCGAUUUGGCCAACACCGAGCUCAAUGCCCCGGAAGGGUCUACAGGAUGGAAAAUUCCGGGUCAAGGUCAUUCAGAUAAGGCGUUUGUGUGUUUGGCUGAAGGGAAAGCCGUUGGGGUAGUGAGUGUCGAGUCUGUCGAGCAAGGCCGUUGGCUGGUCCAUGAGACCAAAAGCGUUGUUCCCAACCAGGGUCUCAAAGUGUUAGUGGGGAUAUCACGAAUAUACGUGUGUCGUAGUUGGCGACAACUUGGUAUUGGACUCAGGCUCUUGCAGUGUCUACAGAAGAACUGCAUCUACGGGUGUGAAAUACCGAAGAUGGAAAUUGCAUGGAGCCAGCCUAGUGAAUUUGGUGGUAGAUUAGCUCUACGGUUCAAUGCUGUUAAGCACAGGAGUGGGUAUACGUUGAUUCCAGCGUAUGAAGAAUAA